CGCAGCGCCCGGGGCGGCUCCUCCUCGAGCCUGGGACCGCCGCGCUCCCGCCGCCGCCGCCGCCGCGCGCUGGAUCGACUCCCGGCCCGCGCCGCGCCCUCCCGCGUCUGCAGCCGGCUCGGCUUCCUGCCCGCCCAGACGCCGCUUCUCCGGGCUCCUGGUCUCGGCUCCUCGCGGAGGGAGAGGAAAUGAGUGCGGCGGCGGCGCCCGAGCGGGGUUGGAAGAGCGAGAAACUAGACGAGGCUCAGGCCCUGGCGCGGAGUUGCGCCGCCCGCAGACCUGACUUCCAGCCGUGCGACGGCCUCUCCAUCUGUGCCACGCACAGCCAUGGCAAGUGCUUCAAGCUGCACUGGUGCUGUCACCUAGGGUGGUGUCACUGCAAAUAUGUGUAUCAGCCUAUGACCCCUGUGGAACAGCUUCCAAGCACUGAGAUUCCUGCUAGGCCUCGGGAACCCACAAACACCAUUCAGAUCUCAGUCUCACUCACUGAACAUUUUUUGAAAUUUGCAUCUGUCUUCCAGCCUCCCCUACCCCCUGACUCACCAAGGUACUGUAUGAUUUCAGACCUCUUUAUUGACAACUACCAGGUUAAAUGUAUCAAUGGGAAGAUGUGUUAUGUGCAGAAGCAGCCAGCACCAACUUCUCACAAAAUGAACCCUGAAGAGGUCUCUGCACACGAUGCCUUAAUUUCAAAAGAGAGCAAUACACCAAAAAUAGAUCAUUGCUCUUCUCCCUCAAGUUCUGAGGACUCUGGGAUCAAUGCAAUUGGGGCUCACUAUGUGGAAUCAUGUGAUGAGGACACAGAAGAAGGAGCAGAACUGAGUUCAGAGGAAGAUUACAGUCCAGAGAGCAGCUGGGAACCGGAUGAGUGCACCCUUCUCUCCCCCUCACAGUCUGAUCUGGAAGUCAUUGAAACAAUAGAAACCACUGUGUGAGAGUCCAGGCAGGAAGUUGCAGCCUCUGAUCCAUGCUGAGCUUUUAUACCUUUGUCUGAUGGAUCCUUUUUUCCAAUGCUGUUGAUAUUUUCUACCCCUCUUUAACAACUAUACCACUUCAGUGGUCUGCUGAUUAGCUUCUCUCUUAGUCUUACAACUAAGACAUUCUUUUUAUUAUAGGGUUUUUUGUUUGUUUGUUUUUUUGUAUCUUGACUUACUUUCUAUGUAGCAUCUGGUGUCAUGAAUUGUGACCCAGCCUUAAUUUCACUGGGAACUUUGAAAGCAAUGAAGUGAUGAUCACAGAAUGUCAUGGAUCAGAUUGGGGAGCUACCCAGAGUGAAGGAGACAGUAUUUCUAACUAGCUGGUCCUUCACACACAGACUCUUGGCAUUCCUUUUGGUGUGCUUAUAGGCACCCCUCUCCUGCUAGUCCCAUGUGAGAAGCAGCUCACUUGAGAAGAACACAGUGUGCCCUGAUAGAUGCCAUUCCUUCCAGUUCCCUCCUCUGCUCCCCAUCUGCACUUGAUCUGGACCAGAGCUGCCUCGGCUUACUUCUGGGAGGUCACUGGAAGAGCCAGCACAGCUCCCACUUGUGGCCAUGUCUGUCUAACACUCUGUGACUGGGGCUGAUCUAGACUUUCACAUAAAAGUGGACCUCCUCCAUUUCAUGAUCCGUCCAGCUUUAGUUGAGCACCUGCAUUUUGCAGGGUGCUAUGGGGAUGCAGAACGGAUAAGACCUGAUUCCCACCAUGAAGAGGGGCUCAUAGUCCAAUAGAGGAUGUUCCCAGAGUGCUGUGGGAACCCAGGGGAAGGAGACAUGUCCUUGGUUUGGGCCGGCUGGGCAUGGUCUUACAGCAUCCGAGUUGGGGCCUUGUGUGAGUUCCCCCAAUAUGUCCCUGCUUUCCUUUAUUCUUCAAAUCUGGGGAAAACUUUUAGGAAGUUAUAUAGGUAUUGCAUUUAGGAGACAGCCACAUCUAACAUUUUACAGGAAAAAAAAUCAAUAGUUUUAGUUAGCAUGGAAAUGCUAAAGACAAGUCCUUUAGGGAUUAGGAAUGAAUCUAAUAGGUUUGAUUAAUUCUGCUUCAUUUGGUUGUAUGAAGCAUUAGAAUGGCUUGGGUGAGAAAUGGAUUAGAAUUCAGUAUGAUGCAUGGAUUUUUUUAUGGAAAUACAAAAGCAGUUGAAAUAGUUCACUAACAGAAAAUAUUUUGCGUAAUAUUCAUUCACUUUACUAAUAUCCAUGGUCUAUUGCAUAUGUUCUCUUUUCUCACACACACAAAAGAGUGAAUAAUUCUUAUUUAGCUCUCUUCGGAAUUCUCCUAACACUCCAUUUAUACCACAUAUUCUCAUGUGAGUUGAUUAUCUGCCAUUUCUUCAAAUCUUCUAUCCACGAGGCAUCGUUAAUCCAGGAAAAUUUAAAUAUGGCCAAAUGAAAUGAGAACCUUCAAAAUUGGUAGAAAAAUACUUGAGACUAUCCAUGCGCAUGCUGUUUGGCAUUUAUCUUGUGCUCUGUCAGCAUUGUGACACGUCUUAUAUGUCAUGUUAGUUUGUAUUUUAAGAAAUAAGAGGCCUGCUAUGUUUUUCCCUGAAGCCUCCAUUUGGCAUCCUUCACAAACCACACAAGGAGAAUUUGCUUUCCUAGUUGUACGUGUAGUUCAAGUAAUUUGCUAGAACUUUUUGUUAGGUUUAGGUGGCCAAACAUCCGUAGGGUGUAGAAGGCAGAGUAUACAUUUUCCUUUGCAAAUGGUGUUAAUUGAAACUCUCUAUGCUAGAUGAGAAUGCAGCAUAAAUUUCUUAUCUAUUGAAAUUUAAAGACUUCAACAAGUCAAACCAAGAAAUCGGUAAGGAGAGCUUCAGGAACAGUAAGACAAAGGAGAGGGCAGGUGUAGGCAGGUGUGGUCCUGAGGGGUGCCCCCUGCCCUGGAAUGACCCAGGUGGUCGGGGACAUCUGAUGAGCCCUUCCUGAGGUUCUCAGUGCCUCCCCUGAGUGAGUGGCCAGCUGCAGGCAGGCAUGGAAGCCACGUCUGCAAGCCACCCAUCAGGCCACAGCAGUGCCAUCACUCAUCCUGUACUCAGGGCUGUAACAGCAACACCAGGGUCCCGUCUAGAUUUACCCUAUGGGUGACUCAUCAAAUCCCGUAGGUGGGCAUUUGGGGGGGGGGUCUUCUUUCUUUAUAACACUCCUGUCAAUGAUCUAUUAUGGGCCCACAUUCCUACCCAUUAAACUAUUGGAGUCAACCACCAGGUUUCCAAAGUCAUGGAAAUACAUGGUCACAGGGGCACAUUUCUGAAGCUUGGCUAGGUUGGGCCCCUUUAUCAGUAUUAUCUAUGACUUUUGACUCGGUUCCUGUUUUUUAAACUCCUGAACUGCCAAUCAGAUUAGCCACAAUUUUAAUGGAAUUUUUGGAUUUAAUAAUUGAUAAUCACUUUAAAUAUUUGCACAAUCUCUUUAUAAUUAAAAGCUCAGUAAGCUUCACUGACUACUGUCUAUUGUAUAGAAUUGGAGAUGUUCCAUUGUAUUGUAAAUACCAUAUACUCCUGGAUCUCAAAAUGGCCUUUUCUCAAUAAGCACAAACAAGAAUUUUUUUUGGUCUUACCACAAUUAAUAAUUCUCUGAAAUGUAAGAUUGAACUGGAAUUGUUUCUUUAUGCUUGCAUUCUAAAAUCAACUGAUAAGGAUAUAAAAAUGUAUAGUUUCAAUUUUAAUCCUAGGCCUAUUCUGUUCUAUAUUAUAUGAAUUUCUCUGUAAUGCUGACAUUACAUUGCUAAUUUAUAUAUGCAUAUUGAUAGGCACUUUAGAAAAUGUUUAGAGUGCAACUGCACUAUAGACACUGAACACAGUCAUUUAAGUAGCCUUGUGAUAACACUUGCAUUGACAGACGUGAAAGCUUUAUCCUUUGGACCUAGCAGUAUGCUUACUGGAGCAAGGGUUGGGCUGUGUGGAUGAAGAAACUACUUUCUUAGCUUCUGUGGACACUUGGCACUGUUCCUACUUUUGGAAAGCUGGUAUAAAACUAUUAGGUAGAAGCUUAAUUCUACUAAAUGUGGAAUUUAGUUUUCUUAUCCUACCAAGAUUUUAGAAUUUUUAAGUUUCAAAUAUGCCCAGAACUUUUCUGAGAAAUGACAAAGCCUUUAAAAUGCUUUUGAGGUCUUAAGUAUUUGAUAUAUUAUAACAUAAGGCUUUAUUAUCAAAACUGUAUUAUAUACCUUUUAAUUUUUAAGAUGAGAAUUUGAAGGCAACCCUGAAGAACAACAGUUGCUUUCUUGGAAGGGGAAGGCUUAUAGUUCAAGGUAAUACAAUACAAAAUAAAACUAAAACCACCAAGAGCAGAACAAAACCACACAGUUUUUUUCCUAAAAUACUUUUUGGAUUUGAUCUUGGGAGUGGUUUUAUUUCUUCACCUCCACUUCUUGGUCUACUUGAAACAUUGCAUUUCUUUUGGGAAGAAUCAAAACAAACUUUUUAAUGCAAAUUUAUUCUCUAUUGGGUUAAAAGGAUGCAUCUGGAUAAUUUAGAAAGCUGUCAAAAUAAGUUUGCCAGUAUAGAUACUACAAGGCAGGGAAAAAAGCACAAGUUGUGGUAUUUAUAGUAGGCUGUUAAUUAUUACACAUCUGGUUUGCAGAAAUUUAUUGUUACAUUUUACCUUUUUACAUGAGGAAGACAAACAGUUUUCUUUCCUAUUCCCUUCUCCGAAGGAGGUGUGAGCCAGAAUAAAGGAGGCCAGCUCUGUUUUAGGUGUUUCAGUGCUGUGUGGUUUUGUCUUAUCCCAUUGAGGAGGAAGAAGAGGAGAGAAGGCCAGUGGGAGUUCUGCUUAUCAAUUCCGUGAGUUCUGGGGAUAUCUUUCUCACAUCCAAAAAUUAAAAACAAGGGCAGAUCUCAAAAUUAAUUUGGGGAUUAUUCAUCAUUUAAAAAUCUGUCAGUGCUCCUUUCAUUAUUAUGAAUAAUUAAGAGUUGAUUUUAUUAUGAAAAGGCCCUGUUUCAGUUAGAGCCGAGUUCUUUUUUUCUAUUAAGAUUGAAGCAGCGCUGUCUUAGCCUGGAAACAUCUAAAAGUGACCCAUCACUAGCAGUUUUAAUAUUGAACUUCCAUAGCAUUGUGUUCAUCACUUUUUAAGGCUGUUCAUACCUUGCAGUAUUCACUUACUGUGCAUUUUUUAAAAACUAUUUUAAAGUUUUAAGCACAAUGUUGAUUCUUCUAUAAUUUCCUAAAAUUAUAUUGUUUUCCUACUGACAGCUCAGCUUUUCUUUAUGUAUAAUAGUUUAGGAAAAUACUGCCUUGUAAAAUAAACGUGAUUUUUCUUCUUUUGUACAAGACCAGAUAUGUUUUAGAGUGUGGAAUACCAGCCACCAAGCCCAGAACAAAAAACCCACAUUUGCAAAUGUGAAACAUUUAUAUCAAAGGCUUACCAGGUGCUAGGAAGCAAGCCGUUUACACCCAUCACAACAUUUAAACUUUACAUAACUUCCUAAGGUGCAGGCAAAUGUUAUCCAUAUGUUCAUGGUCACCACUCAUGAUAACUCCCAAGAACUCUUGUUGGAGAGUUUUGUUGUAAUAAGACUUUUUGUUGGUUACAUUGGGUUUAUACCCACUAAAACUUGA